UUUCCAUUACGUAAUUUCGUAUACUUCCGGAAGAGGAAGAAAUCGGAACAACACGGGGAAUAGUUGAUUGUUUUGUCUUCGGAUAGUGACACAUUUCGAGGCAUUUCUAUACAAAAAGUGACAUCAGACGAUGUAGUUACCACACAAACUGGAGCUUUCAUCUCCGGAUUUAUACCUAUCUGCGUUUAGACUGGUAACAAUGAAAAUAAGGUCGAGGAAUAUUGAAGAAUAAGAUGGAUGAAGACAGACUGAAGGACUUCCCAAACAGCUUCCAACUGGAAGAGUUUGUAUCCCUCCGUCAGAGAAGAUGCAGAGCUGCUAUCAAGAACUGCACAAAAGAAACAUUCGACUCCGAGUUCGAGGAAAUGAGAAAUGAAAAUUUCUUAACACUUCUCCUGUUUAAGUUGGGUGACACAGAGGAAGCAUUGAAGAUGAAUCAACGCGCCCUACUGAAGGGUCCAAAUAAUAUUGUUGCGCUUGCCAACAGAGUGUAUAUCAAGUCCUGGUUAGGAUAUGGAAUAGAUGCUGAUGUUAGUUUUGAAAGACUAGAAAAAUUAAGGCAAUCAAGUAGUUUUGGAACACUUUAUGAUUCAGCACUCGGAGAGAAAGCGUACAGCUACACCCGGAUGGGCCCCAGGUUUUAUCAUCGAGCAAUUGAUUUGUUUGAGGAUGUUAUCAAACGACAUCCAGAAGACUAUUUGCUGAUAUUUGGCCUUGCCCUGACGUACAGACGAUGCCUGUCUCAGUAUAUAUUCUCUGUAAACCCUGUGCAGGACAUUGGAGAUAGUAUCACUCGUGCAAUCAACCUUAUGGUGACAGUUGUGCAGAACUGCAAAGCAUCCGAUCUAGUUGGGAAGUCCUAUAUUCAGCUUGGAGAACUGUACAAGAUGUUAGAUGACUGUGAGUAUCCACUGAACAAGGAAGUCGUGUCACGUGUCAAUGUUAAGCGUAUUAUGAGUCCAAGUGAUUGUUACAAAAAGGCCUAUGAAGUGGCUAAUAAUUGGUUUGUUCUCGAGAGGGCUGGGCAAUAUUUCCGCAAGCUUGGAGAGAAUCGACUUGCAGUAGAUCUCCUGACUAAGGCUUUAAAAAAGAGGCAAGGUUCAACAUUUGCUCACUAUCAGUUAGCUAUGUUGUAUAAAGCAAAGAUUAAGCCGAAAAACUCAAAUGUAUUGUCAACAUGUAUGAAAGAGGGAGCAAGGUCAUCAAUAUCGUCUGGUUUUAGAGGCAAUGAAAAUGAUGAAACUCCAGGUACUGAUGCCCACAAUAGCUAUACGGAAGAUGCUCUGGACCAGGCACUGUACCACACCAAGCGGUCAAUCCAGAUAUCAAAUGGAAGCAAUACAAAAGCUGUGUAUGAACUGGGCAUGCUGAACAUCAUGAUGGGGAGAACACAGGAUGCUCUUGAACAGUUCAGGAAACUGAUACAAAAGGACCAACCAUAUGCUUUACCUUUCGAGAAGGCUAAUGCCUAUGAGCAACUUGGCCUGUGCUAUCGUGCUAUGAGUGUGGAUCGUGCAUAUACAGAGCAGGACCAGAACCGUUUUAAGACAGAAUGUCAACGAAUGUUGACGAAGGCGAUCGAAGAAGCUGCUAAAGCUGUCAUUGAAGUACCAGGCAUGCAGUCUUCAAAUAUAUUUGAAUCAUGGCAGUGUCUGCCAAAACUCGAGGAACUUCUUCUCUCCGACAGCGAGGAUUCAGAAAGCAUGAACAGUAUGAAGGAAGUGGCAAGGCUUCGAGGACUGAUGCGCAAGUAUAGGUCUUCACUGGCUAUGUAUAAUAAGGCGAUGACACUAUACCCUGGUCAUGAAGCAGGUGUAGAGGUCCUGGAAGGGAUUAUCACAAGUUACCUCACUCUGCAGGAAUUCGAGAAUGUCCUUCCAACUGUUUAUAUUCUACAGAGCACUUAUUCAAACACUGAUAUUUCAAAAAGGAAGGAAUUUUGCACCAAUGUGUUUUUAGAAUGUGGUCUGCGUUUUCUAGAACAGUGUCAACAAGAAUAUUUGAAAGAAUGUUUCCAAAAUAGUUUUAAGACUGCAUAUCCGGUGUGUUCAGGCCAGGACUCCGAAUGUUUUGACGUUAUGAUUCUUCAAGAAUUUGAAAGUGACUGUUCAGACACGGAGGGACUGAGAAGCUGCAUGGAAUACCUGGGACUGCGUUGUACGAGAAAUGGCGAUGCAGUAGCCGCGGGGUCGCUGGAGAUAUCAGGUAUUACAUCCAUCAUAGAAAACAGUCGGACCCUCAUCAUCUAUAUCUCCAUGGAUACCCUUUCAGACACAUUUUCCUUCUACUGCCAAACUGCAGUUACACUGGCAAGAGAUAACUACAAAAACAUUUGCUUGAGUAACAUAGUGAUUGUUACAGAUUCUCCAUGCGUGCCCAGCUGGUUGAACACGUAUAGUUGCAUUGAGUACAGACGAAUAGUAGACGGGAAACCUCAAUCGUCCCAGGACCAGAAGUGGAUUCGUGAGCUCUGUUCUAAAUUACUUAAUGUCAAGUGUCCAAGACAUUAGAAUGGUUACACUUGUUUAGCAUUGCGUAAUAGUAUACCUGGCAGAUGAUAUCCAAUUUUAUUUAGAAAAAUGUUUUUUGUCGUACAAUAAAACGUUAGAGUCCAGAAUCAUUAUCUCUGCAUAUUUACAUCAUGUAGCGUAGGGCGGAUGUAUCAGUACGUUUAUUGUAUAAAUAUUGCUGACCUCAUGGUCUGUUCGUGAUAUUAGAUAUUAGAUAAAUGUAGUUUG